AUGAAAACCUUGAGAAGAAACAAGGAGGGAAUCUAUAACACCGCUCAAAACUAUCACAGAAAGUUCUCAGCCAUCGCCAAGGGCGCUAGAGCUGACAGAUCUAGACACCAAGAAUGCCUUGUUUUGGUGGAGAUAAGGGACACUUAUACUCCACUUCUGCAUCAAAUCUUGCAAAGCUGUGCAAGAACAGGUGAACCCAUGGAAGUUGAUUGUGCUGGCAAAAUGCGAAGAGAAGGAAACCAUUUUAGUGAAUUCACUGUUUCGAGUGUUCUUUGUGCUUGUGCAGUGAAAUGUGCUGUUUUUUAG